AUGGCGCGCACAAAACAGACGGGCAAAGGACGAGCGAGUACGGGAGGAAAAUCAGUUGGAAAGACGACCCCAAAAGGGAAAAGACAAAGUAGCGGAGCUGCAGGACGAGGUCCGGGAAAAGCGCAUCGCUACAAGCCUGGGACUGUUGCAUUAAGAGAGAUUAGGAGGUAUCAGAAAUCGACAGAGUUGUUGAUUGCAAAACUGCCAUUUUCACGCUUGGUACGAGAAGUCUGUAUGAACGUUGCGCCUCCACAAUCGGAAGUUUCACGAUGGCAGUCACAAGCGAUUCAGGCUUUGCAAGAAGCAGCAGAAGCAUUUCUGAUACAUCUUUUUGAGGAUUCGAAUCUGUGCGCCAUCCACGCGAAGCGUGUAACGAUUAUGCAAAAAGACAUUCAGCUUGCAAGGCGUAUACGUGGCGCUUGGGGUGGUCUUGGGUGA